CAUGAGGAUUACAGGAGUUCAUGGCAUGUGCCUGGUGCCCAGUGUGGCAGGCGUGCUUGUGGGACACCCGUUUGACACAGUCAAGGGUAUGGGCCAAGCUGAAGGCAAGACGUCUUAUCCUGAGCUGGGUUUCAGGGGCUGUCUCCAUCCAUAGCAAAAGUGUAACUUUGUUGUAGAUGAGCGUAAGCCUCACCCUGGAGAGCGCUAGUGCGGCUUCAGGUGCAGAGUGCGGAGAAGCCCCAGUACCGAGGGACCUUGCACUGCUUCCAGUCCAUCAUCAAGCAGGAGAGUGUGCUGGGCCUGUACAAGGGCCUGGGCUCGCCCCUCAUGGGGCUCACCUUCAUCAACGCGCUCGUGUUCGGGGUGCAGGGCAACACCCUCCGGGCCCUGGGCCGCGACACUCCGCUCCACCAAUUCGUGGCCGGCGCGGCGGCAGGGGCCAUCCAGUGCGUCAUCUGCUGCCCCAUGGAGCUGGCCAAGACGCGGCUGCAGCUGCAGGACGCGGGUGCGGCGCGCGCCUACAGGGGCUCGCUGGACUGCCUGGCGCAGAUCUACCGGCGCGAGGGCCUGCGCGGCGUGCACCGCGGGCUGCUGUCCACGCUGCUGCGCGAGACGCCCAGCUUCGGCGUCUACUUCCUCACCUACGACGUGCUGACGCGCGCGCUGGGCUGCGAGCCCGGAGACCCGCUGCUGGUGCCCAAGCUGCUGCUGGCGGGCGGCACGUCGGGCAUCGCGUCCUGGCUGUCCACCUACCCCGUGGACGUGGUCAAGUCGCGGCUGCAGGCGGACGGGCUGCGCGGCGCCCCGCGCUACCGCGGCAUCCUGGACUGCGCGCGCCAGAGCUACCGCGCCGAGGGCUGGCGCGUCUUCACGCGGGGCCUGGCCUCCACGCUGCUGCGUGCCUUCCCGGUCAACGCCGCCACCUUCGCCACCGUCACCGUGGUGCUCUCGUACGCGCGGGGCCAGGAGGCCGGGACCGAGGGCGAGGCUGUGCCCGCCGCCCCCGCGGGGCCCGCCCUGGCCCAGCCCUCCAGCCUGUGACGCCCGCCCGCCCGCCGCCACCCCACUGCCACUUUUCAGAAACCCGACGUGGACGCCCGUCCGCCCCCCAGCCUGUCGCCCGGCUCAGGUGCAUGGCGGCAGACUCCAUCAGACCUGCGUUCAGUUCAGCUCACCAGCUGGGUGACCUUGGCCACGAGCUUCACUCCAGGGGUCUCAGUAUUCUCGGGUAUGGAAGGGGGACCGACCCUCAUGCCCACUCUGUACCGUCACGAAGGUCCCAGGUGAUGCCCGUGCAGCGCCUCAGGCGGCGCUCUGCACCUGGACUGUUCGGCGGGAUCUUCUGGAAACCCAGCCAGACCCUCCAGUCCCACCCCCUCCCAGGGAUCCUAGCCACCACCGUCGUGCGCCUGCCCUGCAGGCUGGCUCCAAGGGGUCUCUGGUGACCCCCUAACGGGCUGCCCAGGGACUUGCUAACUUCCCAAGUCCCCCACCUGGCAGGGCUCCAGGGAGCCUUCUUGGCCACCUCUCUGGUCUCUGUUAGGGACAGCACAGCUUGGAGUGUCUCCUGGUGCCGCAGAACUGGAUGCCAGUGUAGUCCAGCUUCUCUACAUGGCACUGCUGAGAGUAUCCCAGCUGCUGCCACUCCCACUGAGGGUGACCUAGGAGCCCCUCCAGGAAUGCAUGGGGCCUCUUGGGGGCUCCGUGUCAGCCUAGGGACUGAGUGGGGGAGCAGACGCAGGCCAGUGGAAAGAGGUCUUGACAGUUAAAUUAUACAGCUGUGGCACGGAGAAGUCCUUUCACCUUCUGGACCUCAGGCUUCCCAUCUGUAAUAUGGGGCCACAGAUCAGCCGGUCUGGGUCUCUGGCCCACAACCAGCAGCCAGGGUUCAGCAGAGAACAGUAUGGCAACCCCUUCCCCAGGGCUGGGACAGCUCAGGCCACAGAGAAGCCAGAAGUCAGCUCCUCUGCUUCCCAGCAAAUGGUCUUUCCCAGGUGGUCUCCUAAGUGCCUGGUGUCCCUGUGAGGACAAGAAGGGCCUGGUAGGGGGCCGGCCCGUGGCUCACUCAAGAGAGUGUGGUGCUGAUAGCACCAAGGCCCCGGGUUCGGAUCCCAUAUAGGGAUGGCCAUGGCUCACUUGGGAGAGCGUGGUGCUGACUGCACCAAGUCAAGGGUUAAGAUCCCCUUACCAGUCAUCUUUAAAAAAAAAAAAAAAAGGGCUUGGUAGUGGGCACGGGUGUGGCCAGUUUGAGCCUUCUGUGGUAGAAGACAGCAGCUCCAGGCUGGGCAUCCUGGGGAAUGUGACAAGCUCUCCCAGGAGGCAAGUUGUGCUCAGCGAAGACAAGACCACAGCUCUGUACAAUGUGGUGAGGGAAUAAAGUAUUCUUUGUUUUUUUAAGUGG